AUGGAGAACAAGUUAUCUUCCAUGUGGGCGAGGCUUAGUCAAGCACACGUUGGUAUUUGCCACAUGCUCACUCCUACCACUAAUGGUAUCAUUGCCAGCGUGGGAGAUACCAUUUCGGUUGUGUUGCUUUUGUUGAGUAAUAGAUCUUGUCCCCAUCUCGUCUCGACUAAAUAUUCAUAUAGAGAAGAGAUGGACAAAAAGAAAGUCUGUCAAAAGGGGCGAUGGGUAUUUUCCAUUUUUUUAACAAAUUCUCCUUUUGAGUCAGCGGAACCGUGGCAAUUAGGAUCUCAAUACGCAGCAACGCCUAUGAAUUUUUUUUUGCACGGAAUAAUAGAAUUACAUCACGAUAUCUUUUUCUUCCUCAUUCUGAUUUUGGUUUUCGUAUCACGGAUUCUAGUUCGCGCUCUAUGGCAUUUCCACUCUAAAAAAACUCCAAUCCCGCAAAGGAUUGUUCAUGGAACUACUAUCGAGAUUCUUCGGCCCAUAUUUCCUAGUAUCCUCCCGAGUUUCAUUGCUAUACCAUUCAUUUGCUUGUUAUUCAUGGACGAGGUCGUAGUAGAUCCAGCCAUGACUCUCACAGCCUCUUGGACACAUCCAAUGGUAUCGGAUACGUUUGGAGGGAGGCGUGCGUCGACCAAACCUUAUGAGUAUUCGGACUAUCACCGUUCCGAUGAAACAGUCACUCACUUUGACAGUUAUACGAUUCCAGAAGAUGAUCCAGAAUUGGGGCAAUCACGUUAUUAGAAGUGGACAAUUCGAGUGGUUUGGAGUACAGCCAAAACUCAUCUACGUAUUAUUGUAAUCGCUGAUGUACCUCAGUGGGCUGUACCUUCCUCAGGUGUAAAAUGUUAUGCUGUACCUGGGCUUAAAUCAGAUCCUAUUUCGGUACAACGAGAAGGGAGUUUACUAUGUUGUUGGGACUCGGUAAAGGGUUGGGAUAGAUGCUCUUCAGCCGUGGCCUCGGAGGUUCCACAAGCUGACCUGUGGGAUGAGCUAGACCAGCCCCUCAUCAGUGAAGGCGGAGCUCUGUCGUGUCAUGAGCUGAAGGAGAGGCUUACUGUCCUCUCUCUUCCUUUGGUAGGAAAAGCAGAAAAAAGGGGGCGUCGAUCCGCUUUGCUGAGGCGGCAGCGGGGACACAGCUGGGGGCCUGAGGAGGAAUGCCUCCCCGCGGAAAGCGGCUUCUACUCCUCAACGAAAUCUAAAAGCUAA